AGGGCCGCCAUGUGAUUCAGUCUAUGGAGAACAUCCUCUCUUUUCUGAAUAGAUUCUUUGAACCAUGGUUGGACUUUGGAACAUUUUUCUUGGAUAUUGACCCCAAUUAUAUCUUUCUGAGUGGAGUGGGGUUUAUUCUUCUGUAUUUAUGGUAUUUGAUAUUGAAACCAUUCUUACCACCAUAUUGGAAAAGUCAGGACAUCAAAAAGUGGAAAAGCACAGCUAAGAAAGGAAGGAGGAGAUCAUUUAAAGGUUAUAGAACUACCCAGAGACAAGCACAGGAAUGGAGGAAGCUGCUGUCUGUCGUACAAAGCCCCCUAGGUGAGCUUUAUGAUCCUUCCCACUUUCGGCACCUACUAUGUCCAGAUCUCUCCUGUGAUGUGUGUAAUGGAGCAACUACUAAGAUCAGUCGCCUACUUUCUCAGGCCACCCUUGAAGAUGGUGCUGCCUCUGUGUCCAGUAUGGAUUACACCACAGUUUCUGUGACUGAGACCUCAUUGACUCUGUCCCUUCCCCUCCCAGAAAACCCUCUGAGAAAUCCAACUCCAGACCUUCCACAUGAGCCUUCUCUACAGUCUUCCUCCAUUAUCUCACUUCACAAGAGUGCCCACUUAGAAGACACACUUUCUGCCUCACUGCUGGAUGACUCUAUGCUAUCAGAAUCUGUUCCUCCUGUGAAUGCUAAAUUCUCUCUGGACCCUGAUUCUCUCCAUCCACGUGCUACUUCCCCUCUUCCACAACAGCAUGCCACUCAGGAAACAGAACUGCUUCUCCAGCCAGCAACAAUUCUGUCUCCGAUGGACAGCCCUAGGGAGUUGUUCACUAUUCCAGCAAACAAAAGCAUUUUCAGUUCAAGGCAUGCAAUGUCAGAAUUUAUUCAUCAGCAGACAGAUACUGACAAUUCUUUUCAGUUGGAGCCAGCACAUUUGGUUAACCAAGAGCUUCUUGACCUUCAUUCUUCUGAAUCCUCUUUAUGGGGAAACAUCACAACCUGUCUUACACUGCCUGGAAACCUUCCCUUUCCCAGACCUGAUGCCAUGGUACUACUUGAGAGACAAGAUGGAAAGAUGGCUGGUUCAUUUAAAACUUGGGGGAAGACCUCAGAGUCUGAUCAGCACAGCUUGGCAGUUUCCCAUCCUUUGGGCCGCUGCAAAGGUAAAUCAAAGAGACUUCAUAUGAACCAGCAGUCCCCCCAUCUCAGGACCUCUGAAGAUCAGUUAGGACUUAAACACAUCCAGUUAUUCUGGGGCCUCCCUUCUCUACACAGCGAGUCCAUGAACUCUAUUGCUACUGUGUGGACUGACAGUUCCCUGAUCUCAGGAUGCUUCAACAGAUUCUCAGAUUCCCCAGUGCUUAUCAACUACACACCUUUGUCCUUGCCUGAGAGUCAACCACAGAACUUGCCCCAAACUCUGUCCCUAUCUCAGUCCCAAACUGUCCCUCCAGCCAAGCCCCCGGCCCAGCUUCAAUACCCAAUUCCAGUUCUGUCACCUUCUCCUCUAACCCAGCUUAGAAUCUGUGGGGUGUAUUUUCACAGACCCCAGCAUAAGGUACAACCUCUUGAGCCAUCUGCAGUUCACUGCCUGAAUUACAACAUCUUGAAAAAGAAGCUUGAGAGAGUGUGGGGUUUACCCACUGUGGUCAAAAAAUCCCAGGAAGAAUUUUGUCCCCCACCUCCCAAACCCUCAUUGGUCAAGCAGUCUUCCAAGACCCAUGUUUCCAGGUUCAUCUGUCUUGGAAAUUUCCUUCUUACCAGUGAGCUCCAGAAGAAGCUUGAGCACCACCUUCGAAAGAGGCUCAUCCUACAACGCUGGGGCCUGCCCCAGAGGAUCUAUAAGUCUCUACCAUGGAUGAAUCCUCUGGCAGAACUUCCAGAGGCAUCCUCAUCUACAAGCAACUAUGGGCUUUCAUGGAUCUCUUUCUUUAAGCAACAGGGAAGCAAAGACCUACACAACAUUGUAUUGAACAAACCUGGAAGCUUUCCAACAAGACAGUCAGCAGAGAAACUGUUAAAGGCCAGGGAGCAUAGCACAGAGGCUGUUAAAAAAUACCAGCUAUGGAGUAACACCAAGGGCACUCUAGAUAAUGGCCUGCAAUCAAACUGUGAAACAGUCCUAAAACACCACACAGGCAGUCUGCCAGGCAAACCUUUGGGGACCUUACAGGUGAGCCAAUGUUGGAAAAAACUUGAAACUGCCCUGCAAAAAUAUUUGAUCAGGCAUCUUGGUGAAACAAAUGAGUGUCAGAUAUCUGGCACUGUGUCCAGAUCAGGGUAUCAUCCUCUCCUUUUUACUUCACAUGUGGACAAGGAAGAACAUGAGGAUCAGAGACAGUCACCUUCUGAUAAGGAGGAUGGACAUGUCAAAAGCAAGUCUGUGCUGCAACAGACAUCCAUUGUCUUAAACAACACCAGCCUGGAAGAGUCAGAGAGCAGUAAACACAGCCAAGAUGUGCCCAGAAUAUCCAAUGAGGCUGGCCCUGUGUCACUGGGUAAGAGACUGUAUCCCAGCAAAACAGUUCGGGGGCAUCAAGGAACAAAGGUGAAUGACAAAAGCACGUUUGUAUCCAACAAGCUUUGAGAAGAGGCUGUGAGGCCAUAACACAGCAUGACUUCUUAACUCUGGCCCAGAAGGAGACAGCUAAAGGGGAGAAUGACCUUAUUUCUCCAGGCUUGGGAUAUGAUCUUUGUAGCAUGAUCAGCAUCUUAAAGGGGGCAGGCCCUUUAUCUAACAGCUUUUAGAACACUUGCCCUAUGAACCGACAAAAAGUCCAACAAUUAUAAAGCCAAAACAGUAAUGAGUUUUUUGUCUUGGGCCCUAAUCAGCUUGUUUAUAUAGCUUAAAGCUUCUUAUUUUGAAAGUUCUUUUGUUGUAACCAAAACCUGAAAGUCAUAUUAAAUGAAAUUAUAUAAAA